AUGUCAAUAUGGUUAAAAAGAGGACCUAUUUUAGUUCAUUGUGCUGCUGGAGUAUCUCGUUCUGCAGCUAUAGUAAUUUAUUUUAUAAUGAGAUCAUUUAAAUGGAGCUAUGUAAAAUCCUUUCAACAUGUUAAGGCAAAAAGAUCUGUUAUCUGUCCAAAUGAAGGAUUUAUAAAAUAACUUAAAUAACAUGAAAAGUUGUUGGGUUUAGUUAUAUUUAGAGAAAGCACUUUAGAAGAAGAAUAAAAACGAUAGACUUAAUCAAAACCUACUAAAGGAAUUAUUAGAGGAAGAUCUGUUGUCAUAAGAACUCAAAAAUAACCAAUCACUCGUUUUAGAUGA